UCUCGCGAGAGGCGGCGGCGGCGGUGCGCGCGGCGCGGGAGCACGUGGGGGUGCCGCCGGCCCCGCUCCCGCCGCCGCCAUGGAGGAGCCGCCGCCCGAGCAGCCCCCGCCGCCCCCGGCGCCCCCGGCGGGCGGGGAGGCCGCGGCCGGCCCCGAGUGGAACAUCCCGCCCAACGCGCCCGCCUGUAUGGAGCGGCACCUGGAGGGCGCGCACUACCGCGCAGACGGGGCCCUGCUGCUGGGCGCCUCGGGGCUGAGCGGGCGCUGCUGGGCUGGUUCCCUCUGGGUGUUCGCCGACCCCCGCCGCGCCCCCAGCGAGGGCUUCUGCACCGCCGGCGUCCAGACAGAGGCGGGCGUCGCCGACCUGCGCUGGGUGGCGGACAGGGGCAUCCUGGUGGCCUCCGACUCCGGUGCCGUGGAGCUGUGGGAGCUGGAUGAGAACGAAACCCUCAUCGUCAACAAGUUCUGUAAAUACGAGCACGAUGACAUCGUGAUGACGGUGGCCGUCCUGGCCAACAGCACCCAGGCUGUCAGCGGUGGCAGGGAUUUCUGCGUGAAGGUCUGGGACCUCCCACAGCAAACCGUGCUGCACUCCUACAGAGCUCACUCCGGUUCAGUGACAUGUGUGGCUUCCUGUCCUGGUAAGGACACUGUGUUCCUGUCCUGUGCUGAGGACAGCAGAACUUUACUCUGGGACACCAGAUGCCCCAAACCAGCUACUCGAAUUGUUUGCAGUGCCUGUAAUCACCUCCCUACCUCAGUCAUGUGGCAUCCACAGAAAAGUGACAUCUUUGCUUUGGGUGAUGAAAAUGGAACAGUUGCACUAGUAGACACAAAGAAUCCUGAUUCUGCCCUCAGCUCCACUGUGCAUGCCCGAAGUAUCACGGGGUUUGCGUUUUCUACACAUAGUUCACCCUUACUGGCUACAAUCAGUGAAGACUGUUCAGUAGCUGUUCUUGACUCAGACCUCUCAGAGGUGUUCAGAAACCGUUCUCAUCGAGACUUUGUAAAAGGCUUAUCGUGGUCUCCUUCAGACAAUGCCUUGCUCACUACAGUUGGAUGGGAUCAUCAGGUUUUACAUCACACUGUCCCCAUACCAACUGGUGAAGCUUCUGGAGUCAACUGUGUAAAAGAAUAAUUUUAUAAACUCACGGUCCAGAUUUCUUCCUGGCAUUACUUUGAUUCUGCUGAAGUCAAAGCUGUGUGUGAACUGGAGCGGGUAUGGUCUGUUUGCCUUGAACCUUGUGACUAAGAAGGUUCCUGUAGUAAUUUUUAAUUAGGCAUAAGUUAGUUACAAACCAAGCUUUACCUUCUCCUGGGGAGUUGGCUUCACCUGUGAUAAUACUUCAGUAUUUUACCUAGGAAAAAAUUGACUUCAGGCACAGAGGAGACUUGGAGAGACAGGGAAUUGGGUAUAACUAAAAAAAUAAUAAAAAGACUUGAUUCCUCCCUCAGUUCUCCAAACCAUCUGUGGAAUUAAUAGAAACAUUUCUGGGGGAAGUUAAAAACAUCCACCUCUUGUUAGUUGGAGAGAGCCUCACCCUUGAGGAAAGUGCUGUAUAAAUCAACUAUUCCAACUGAAGGGGAAGACAUGUUGGCAUUUCAAGACUAGAAGGGUUCCACGGUUGUCCUUAAUGCAGCAUGUGGAUUAGAGGGUUGGUCUUCAAUAUCUACUAGCGUGGAUCCUAUGGUGAGCACUGUUUGUGCACUGGUAUUGGAGAACCAGUGCUUGGUGUGAGGAGUCUUGUAUGACAAGGAUCCUAGCUGUAGUCCUGUAAUGAAACACAUCCAUGCUCGUGCAUGGCAUGCUGAAAUACUGGGACCCGUGAUGCUCACCCUUGGCUUGCAGCUGAUGCCAGCCCAAGGGGGCUGUUGCUGUAGCGUGCUGAAAGCCAAGAGAAGUUAGCAGCUGCUGUUGUUUGACACCAUGUUUCAUCUCCUCUGUGCUGAAGCCAACUUAUUCAUUCAAAGAUAAGAUCUGUGAACAACAGUUUAUGUAAGGGAAAAACUGGACUAAGGACUUCAGUUUUCAUUUGCUUGCUCCUAUAAACAGUCUCUGCUUAGUAAUAAAUGAGACUCCUUAUGCACUUGCGAUCAGUGACUUUGUGCCAGAGACUGAGGGGACCGAGCAUUCCUGUAAUCCUCAAAACAGACACCCCAUAAUCCUUAGAGGUGUUUUUUGUAAUAUACCACAAUCCGUUGAAACUAAACUGUUUCCCUGGAACAUAUUUAACUGAAGAAAAAAAAAAAUCAUUGCAUGCAUUGCCACUGCUCUACAUGUGGCCUGGUCUGGCUUAAUAUUUCCUAGACAGAAUAAAGCAGGUCCUGACUAAUUGAAGAAAAAAAAAAAACCCCACCAAAAAAUCAAACAAACUGAAAUGAAUGCUAUUCCUGUUUCUUUAGCAUGAUAGCAACACUAAACUGUACACCGCUUCCAGUGGACUUAUCCCUGCAUAAACAUAAGUUUAGUCGAUCCAAAUAAUUUUUAGGCAGACUAAGCUUUGCCAGGCUUACUUUUCUCAUACUCUUUUAAAAGCUCAUUUGCUGCUUUUUUAAUUCUCAUGUCAUACAGGUGUUUACAGAGCAAACUUCCUAAUCUAGAGUGGUGUAUGACAAGGAAGAGGUAAAUAAUUAUAAAACCUGACAAGUUUCUUCAACAAUACCCUGGAACAACCAAAAAAGUUACCUCUCCCACACCUCUGAUGGUGUACUGAAACAGGUCUUGUGCUGUUUGUGAACGAGUUGUCUUGGAAAAAGUAGAAGACAGUUUUUAAAUAAACCAUAGUUUUCAUUUGUAACUGGGUAUAAGUUUCACCGAGCCACUUCUGUAGUAUCGAAGAGCCAGCUGAGGUCAUUUACGAUUAGAGUGAAGUGAUUUCAGUCCCUGAAAUUAAAACCAUUCUUAAAUGUGCACCGUAUUACUGUUUAAUGCUAGGGCGCUAUGAUUCGUCAGUGCUAGUGCAAGGCAUGCUGUAAGUCCUGCUGCUUUUCAGGAAGCUUUUUCCUAGCCAAAACUCGAAGUAGAGUUUCCUUUCUGCAUAGCUAAAACCACCAGUUUCAAAUGUCGAGAAUUAAACCACACCAAGUUCCUCACAUUGCUGCCCUGUGAGCGAAACAGAACAGUCCAUGGCAAAAAGCACGAUGGUGGAAGGUAAAGGACCACAGGUCAUUAUUGAUCUAUUAAUCCUGUUCUUACAAUUGCUUAAACACUUUUGAGCAUGGCAGGACACACACAAAAAAAAAAUGCUUCACAUUUGGCAAAUCUGGGUGAAGAUUUAUGUUCUGCCACGGGAGGGCAGCAGCUGCCAGCCUGACAAGUAGUAAGGCAGCAUCCCCCCAAAGGUUUGCACGUUUCUUUAAAUCAUCUACUCACUUUUUACCACUUGGGUUUCUACCACCAUCACAAGAGAAGCACUGAAGGGCGACAGUUUAUUAGGAGUCACUGGUGGUGUGUUCGCUUGGCUCCUAGUUGGUUGUACCAUUGCUAGUAAGGCUAUAGUAAAUAGUCACGCCAGCGUGCGGGCAGCAUGGCAGAAACACUGGCAAUACCACAUCAAUGCUUGUUGACUGUGAGUUAUCUGCAAAGGAAUUGGAGAAUUCUCUGGGGUUUGUGGUAUGCUCGCACUCUCUGGACUACUUUACAUGCCAUUCAGGUUUGGGGAUGCUUCUAUAAAUACCUUGUGGCUAGAGUAAAAGCUUCAAGAUAGACAUUGCACACUUCCCUCUCAGAGAACCUGGUGCUGUAGCCAGAGCUGGAUUAAAGAGGUGAGAAGGCAAAUUAUAAAUACAAUUUUGAGGAGUGGAGAGAAUAAGCCACUAUGAAGACAAGCUUGCCUUUUAUGUUGCUGCUUGCAUCGCUCACACUGCGUUCUCAAUUUUAAGUACAACAUUCUAGUUGGGACUUGCCAAUAAGUAUGUGAGUUUCAUUACUAAUGAAAAGCUCAAACCCAAGAGCUAUUUAUAGAAGCAGCACAGGCUGAACUGCACCAGCUCCUCUGCCAGCCUGCCUAACCAGCUGGGUGUGGGGUGAUGGGGCAGCUAGGGCUAGCUGCCCGUUCAUUCCUUCAUCAGGCUUCUAAAAAAACACUUGAAUUGCCACAGGGUUUAUAUCAACCCCUAGUAAGUAGGAACUGGACCAACCCCUAGGUAAGCUGACAUUCAGCCUGUUGCCGAGGCUAGUUUGAGCUGUUUUCCCAUCCUUUUAAUCUUCCAGGCAAAGAUCUUAGAGUAGGCAGACCACUUAAGCAAUACUAAAAAAAAAAAGUCAGACCACACAUGUAAUAAACCAAUACAUCCAGACAUAUUUAA